AUGAUGUCCCUCUACCGAGAUGCAAUCAAGAAAAUCAAAGAUCACUUCCCUGGGAUUGACAAGGAAGGCCCCCCGAAGAUUGGUGAUGGUGGAACGCAGGCCCCCUUCGAGCCUAAGAUGGCCAAGGCUGCGCUUUCUGAUUGGGCUGGUGAGUACCGAUGCGCCAACAACAUCCUGAAGUGUGAUCUGGAGUUCAAUGCCGAUCCCAAUGUGCCCUUGAGAGGAAGUGCUGUUGGAGAUAUCAUGAAGUACAGCUACUCGGAGCCUGCCCUCUUUGCUGAGCCCUUUGAGGUCCAUAAAUGCUCAACCCUAAACCCUUAA